AACAAAUGUCAAAACUAUGAAGGCUCCACCACGUGCGUCGUUCACAUCGUAGCACUGUGCUCAGUUACCUUCUUCGAAUUUAUUAGCUCAAUAAUUAAGAAUUCAUAAUUAUGGAUAAAGGUGUACCGUCGGAUUUGCAAAAGUGGUUGAGGAAGUGUCUGAGAAAGGAGUUCGGGAGUAUCAUACAGAGCGACAUAGACAAGGAGCAAAGCAGCGGCGAGAUCGCUCACAGGCUUACGCAGUCCAGGGACAUGGCGAGUCUGUUGAAUUCCAUGAAGAUGGUGAUCACCGAGCAGUACGUGACGGUCAAGCCGUCGUCCGCGGCGUCGCGUACGCAGUCGUCGCUCUCGUUCACGAGUGAUCUCAUGACGGACGACUGGGCCACCUCUCCGCAGGGAGAGGAGGGGGAGCAACACAGUUACAUCAUCGAAAAGAUCAGUCGCGACAAGCCGGUCCACGUGAGACUGGCUGGCUACGAAAUCCUGUUGAAGAUCGACUUGUCGAACGUGAACAACAGUCCUCACUGGGACGUUCUGCAGAAGGCGUUGCUGGACGGCCUCACGGAUGACAGCAGGGCCAUAUUCGAGGCCAGCAUGCAGGUGCACGCGAAGCUGCUGAGCAGCGUGCAGAUGCACAGUAUCUACGGCAAUUUGCUGAAUGCGUUCAACGCGCAGUAUCACUCGCAGAAGGUGCGCGAGACCCUGCCGACUCUGAUCUCCGGGAUCAACUUCAAGUUCUUCCUGCACGAGAAACUGUUCUGCAUAAUGCAUUUGAUAAUCCGCUACCAGGAAGAGUUGUUGAAGAGUGUCCGACAUAUCGACAAGACUACAGAGGAUAUCGUGGAGCAAUUUGUAAUCUUCCUCAGUACGCAUAGCUUCGGCAACACGCUGCAACCAAAGACCUUGAACAUGCUCAAUGUCAUCUCGGUAGUGGAGCCGCAAGCUAAGUGGAGCAAAAGGUGGCUGCACGGUCUGUCCAUCAGGAGGACGUUCGUCGCCGCUUUGGCCAGGUCGCCGACGUUCUUACAAAACGUCGUGGAGUGCGUCCAGAACGGUCUGCGGGAGACACCCUGUUCCUUGUCCGCCGCCAUCGUGGAUGAGGGCAACGAUCUGUGCAUCCCCGGCAACACGAUAGAGACCGUCACUUAUCUGCACUGCUUGGUCUUCGUGUCGCAGCUCUGCAGCUACGAGACGGGCAGAGCGUUGCUGACGGACGGCUCGCUGAAGGCGCCGUUCGAGAUCGCGAACUUCUUCACCGAGCUGUCCCGCUCUCUGAACAAGCUGGCGACGGAGGCGCCGAGCGGGGUGUACGACACUUGCCGCCACGCUCUGCGAAGCGUGCUGAACGUGUCGGAGGUGUUGUACAACGCAGAAUUUUAUCACGCCACGUUGUGCCACUUGACGUCUCUCCCAGGGAACGACGUCAAGAUCUGGCCGCACACGUUGGACGUGAUCUCCCACAUGCUGGACACCGCGGACGGUCCGGAGUUUUUGACUACAGACUGCAAGCAACACUCGAGCGCGAGUUCCGAAGGCGCGCCGUCGAAAUGCCCGGUCGCAAUUUUCGUGCUGUACGCGUCGAAUUUGCUGAAGCAGCCGUUCUCUAUAAUGGACAUGGAAUGUAUCCUCGGUUCAUUCGGGCUGAUGGAGAAGCUGUUCGACGUGUACGACGUCUACGAGGCCGCGCAGGUGCAGAUAGAGACGCAGUUCUAUCCGGCCGUCGCCAACUUCUAUAAGAAGAUGAACAAGUACGGCGUCGAGAAUGAGAAUAAAAUUCAGCAGCUCGACAGCGCCGUCAAGAAAGUUCUGCUGAAGAUGGUAUCGAUACCGCUCGGCCUGCAAGCGCUCGUCAACGAGAAACUCGUGUUUGAGGAAUUGAUUCGCGGACUAAUCGUCCCGUUGAGAGCAUCCUGGAGCUCCACCGACAUAGUCAGUUUCAUCUCAUCAGCCGGUUACUUCGAUCUGGGCUACAAGGUGCUCGCGGAUCUCGCACCUCACGUCCUGUCGACUCUGGUGUCGCAAAUCUGUGCGAACGUGGAGGAUCCCGCGCACUUCUACGAUCCUUGGGAUAGAGAGAACAUCAAGGAGUUCCUGCACAUACUCACGUUGUUCUCCCUGAACUUCAAUUGUUUCGCGGCGUUUAUGGUGAAUGACGAGUCAGAUAACGAGGAGAAGGAUUACCCUUCGAACUUGUCGGAAUUACUGCAGACCGCGGUGAACGAGGACUCGAGCUACCAUCAUUUGGGUCUCUUGUCCUUGAACGCGGUCAUCUGGAACCUGGAUGCCUAUGUCCACUUAGUGAACUCGCUGAACUUUGAGGACGCGCUAUUAAAUAUUCAGAAGGAGAGCACGAUCAUGAUUGAAGUACGCGAGGAACAAGCUGACAACGAAAUGGAUUACGAGCGGUCUAUGAUAGACGACGACGACGGUAACGAGAAUUAUGAGCCAGAACUGACGAAAGAAUACGUGAUCGACGAUUCUAGUUUGCUGCGGUACGAUAUAUUAUUAAAAUCCUACUACGUGGCUCACAAGAGGAAGCAGUACGCGAUGCCGUUGGAAGAGUAUCAGCUCUUUUCGGAAUACCCACCGCCCAGGAUAUACGCGGACACGAUGAAUUAUUCCGACGAGGAAUAUGAUUCGGAGUUAAACGACAUGUUGCAGGAAAAGAGGCCUGGAUUGUUGGACAUCGGUUGGGUGUCGCAGGUUCGAGCGGCUCAUAAAGCGUCGCGAUACCCGAUGAAGAAUUCCGUUAUAACGAAUUUACUGAGCCAAAUGCACAAAGCCAUUCCGACCGCGGAGUGGGUGGAACAAUUCGUGUGGCAAGAGAAUAUAACGUACGACGCGGACUAUUGGGUCGCAGAAGACGCGCACGCGAUCAACGUCGCUCUGAGUUACGCGGAGCAACAGCGGAUCCUGAAGAACGACGACGAUACCAAGCAGAACUUGAGGCAGUUCAUUCAUUCCGCCUACAUGUUCAUACAGUACAACAAGCCGAGCAAAUUCGAGGGCUUCGACUGGUUCUUGGCGACAGUGUUCAUUAUCUGCGACGGAGAUCUAGAUAAGUGCAAGACCUUCAUCAUGCAAUUGAUUCAAUUCCCAUCGACUCUGCUUCUCUGGCCGAAGUUGGGCCAUGUUAUGGACGAGAGGAAUAACGAGAACACCAGCUCGCAAUUCACCUUCAUGCAAGUUUUAGAGGCCAUGGUUAAUAUCGAGCUCCCGAAUAUCAAAUACGCGCUGAAGGAUGUAUGCGGUAUCAACUGGUGGAUGAUAUUCAAUAGAAUGAUAUCGCAAUGCUUCUGGGGAAUUCUUCCGUGGAGCGAGAUAGUUCAUUUCGUCGCGAUCUGCAUCCUGUACCCGCCCGAUUACAUGGUAUACCACUGCGUGUCGCUUUUGGUAUUCUGUCAGGAGCUUCUGCUGGAGGAUUUAACGAGCGGGAGAAUGUGGCCGGAAAAUAUGGUGUUAGACGAGUACCGUUGUCACAAUUACAUUACCUACAUGGAUAAUUUAGGUCAGCGAUACAGAAACCGAGUUUUACCGGCAAUGACGAAAAACAUUAAUUCAGAAGAUGAGAUAUAAAACAUCAAUUAUCUCGAUUUAUAUUUGAAAUACGGGGAAGUGUUGACGAAAAAGUGCGUUACCGUCCGUGUAGAUAAAAAUAAUGUAAACUUCGACAUGUAAAAUAUUUUAUAGAUCCUUUUAC